AUGGCAGCUGGUAGUAGCAAAGAUGAAACGAAAACUUUUCCUGCAGCUACUUUUCCUAAAACUAAGAAAAGAAAGACAACAUAUAAAGUUGUUGCUGAACCUGAAACUGCCAACAUUGUGGAUAGUCAGCCUGACAAGGAUUCUUCUUCACCAUUUCGAUUCACAUGGAGAAUUCACGGAUUUUCUUGGAUAAAUACAUUAAAGCUCUACUCAGAUGUAUUUGAAGUUGGGGGUUACAAGUGGCGCAUACUAAUUUUCCCGAAAGGGAACAAUGUGAAGAACCAUUUGUCGAUGUAUUUGGAUGUUGCGAAUUCAGCUAAGUUGCCGAGUGGUUGGAGUAGUUAUGGAGAGUUUAGCUUGACAGUAGUUAAUCAAAUCAACAAUGAUUACUCUGUGACAAAAGACACGCAACACCGAUUCAAUGAACAAGAAAGUGAUUGGGGUUUCACAUCCUUCAUACCUCUCAGUACAUUGAAUGAUCCUCGUAGAAGGUACCUUGUGAAUGAUACUCUUGUAGUUGAAGUAACAUGCAAGGUGGAUGAGAAAGACACUGCUGAGCAUUUAAGGAAGAGGUUAAAGAAAAAACAUGGUGGAAAAAAGCACCAAAGUAAAGAAGAGGCAGAGACUCACCUCUACACUAUUAUAAAGGUUUCCUAA